GUAUGUCUGUGUGCCACCGGAAAGAAACCCGGCCGACACCAAUCUCAGCACAUGUUAGCAUUUCUAAAAAAAUUUCAAAAAUAUAAUUUUUUUUUUUUAAUUUGAAAAUUAUUAUUAUUAUUGUAUAUUGUACAUGUAUAAGCUUCUCCAACAACAACAAGAAGAAGAAGAAGAAGAAGACACAGGACGACGACAGCAACGACUCAGGACGACGUGGGAUAGCGGUCGCUACUCUGUUGCUCUCUCGCAUUCAAUCGCCAGAGCCCAAUCUUUGUAAGACCAAUCCAAUCCAAUCCAGUCCGAUCUCUCAUUUCCAAUUCCAAAUUCAAACUUUUUUUGAAUUCUCAGAUCAUUUUCACCAGGAAUAGCAAGAGGAAGAGGAAAUCAGCCUUGAGAAAACAUUGCUAUAUAUAGCACAUGUGAUUUGAAGUCUGAUUUAAUAGGGUUUUUGUUUUGAGUAGUUGUUGUUGUUAAGGGUAGUUUAUAUUUUAUUGAACUAGUAGGGUUAAGUGUGUUGGAUUGAAGAAGUUUUGUUAGGCUGAAUAGAGAAAAUUAGGGUUAGGGUUUAUGAUGGAAGAUUGAUUGAUAAUGGUGCGGCUGUUGGGAUUGACUCGCUAUGAAUCAGAGCCUCGGGAGAUCACGCGAUCCAAUCCGACUGUUGAGAGUGCCGGAGGAGAUAAUGGGUGGCUCAUUCGCUUUUUCGAUUCGGCUUUCUUCUGUGAGUGGAUUGCUGUUAGUUAUCUCUACAAGCAUGAGCACUCCGGUGUUCGAGACUACCUCUGCAAUCGAAUGUACACUUUACCCUUAUCUGGCAUCGAAAGCUACUUGUUUCAAAUAUGUUACAUGUUGGUUCACAAGCCCAGCCCGUCACUCGAUAAGUUUGUCAUCGAUGUGUGCUCAAAGUCACUCAAGAUAGCCCUCAAAGUGCACUGGUUUUUGAUGGCGGAGCUUGAGGACUCAGAUGAUAAUGAGGGGAUUGGUAGGAUUCAGGAGAAGUGUCAAAUUGCAGCAACUUUGAUGGGUGAGUGGCCGCCAUUGAUUAGGCCCCAUAAUCCACCUGCUACUCCCACGAGCAAGAAUCAAGUUCUUAAUAGGUUACUAUCAUCGAAACAGAGGCUAUUGUCAUUAACAUCAUCGCCACCCCCUCAACGGUCUUUAUCAUUAUCGCCUUCAUCCGGGAACUCCUUACAGGAUGAUGGGGAGAAGGCUUCUCCGGAUGAGAACAAGAUUUUCAAGAAAUUAAGUUUGGGUCCAAAAGUUCGGGAUUCAUUGUUUUUCAGGAAAUCAGUGGAUAAAGAUGAUGAGGAAUCAGAGAAGGAUGGCUUUUUCCGAAGGCUUCUAAGAGAUAGUAGGGAUGAGGAUGGUAGAAAAUCAAUGGAUAAACAUGAAGAGGACUCGGAGAAAGAUGGCUUCUUCAGGAGGCUUUUGAGGGAUAGUAGGGAUGAGGAUGAGGAGAUCACAUCGAGCUCGGAAGGAUUUUUCAAGCGGUUAUUUCGUGAUAGUAAAAGUGAUCCUGAGGAAAAAGUAAUCUCAAAAUCGGCUGAAGAGGAUGAAAAGGGGGGUUUUCUCCGUAAGUUUUUUAAGGAGAAAUUCGAGGAGAAAAGGGGGGUUGACAGAAAUGAUGAUGAAGAAAAAGGGUCAAAGUCUGCAGAAAAUGAUGAAAAAGAUGGAUUCUUUCGGAAAUUUUUUAAGGAAAAAUUUGAGGACAAGAAAGAUGGGAAUGAUAGGACUGAUGACGAAGGCAAGGGGCAAGCCAAUGGCGAUGAAGAAGAAUCUUCAGAUGUUUCUUUGUUUCGUAGACUGUUUCGUGUGCAUCCAGAAGAUGCAAAGACUACAGCAGCCAAUGAAAACAGCAACAGUGGCAAUUUUCUUGAAAGCAGUCCAGGGACAGAAAAGUUUUUCCGCAAGCUGUUCAGAGAUCGCGAUCGUACUGUAGAAGAUUCCGAGCUGCUUGGAUUGGAUAAACCGAAAGAGAAACGCCCCGGCUCACCAAAGCAAAGGAAUGAAAAAUCUAAUGCUAAGCCUCCACUUCCAAAUAAUGCCGUGUCACAGUUUCGCAAAGGGACGUAUCAUGAGUCACUUGACUUUGUGCAAUCACUAUGUGAAACAUCAUAUGGCUUAGUGGACGUAUUUCCAAUGGCAGAUCGCAAAAGUGCUCUUCGAGAGUCACUUGCAGAGAUCAAUGCGCAUGUGGCUACUGCUCAGGAUAGUGGUGGAGUGUGUUUUCCAAUGGGAAAGGGAAUGUAUCGUGUUGUUAAUAUACCGGAAGAUGAAGCCGUUCUUUUGAAUUCCAGAGAGAAGGCACCUUACUUGAUCUGUGUUGAAGUCUUGAAAAGUGAAACACUAAGCAAUACAAAGGAUGUGUCAAAUACUCAGAAGCUUUCUAAAGGAGGAAUUCCGUUAGCAAACGGGGAUGCACUAUUGCCGAAGCCCCCCCCUUGGGCUUAUCCUUUGGGGACUACACAGGAUAUGUACCGUAGUGGUUAUGAUAGGAUGUCAAGCUCAACUUCUCAAGCAAUUGAUCAGGCAAUGACUCAGUUGUGGGAGGCCAAAGUGAAAUUUGUUCACGUAAGUCUUUCUGUGGAGAAGCAGUUGCCUUGUCAGGCAAAGGUAAUGGAAAUGCGAAAUUCGAAUUGUGGCAUCCAUUCUUGUGGUCUUCAGCCGUUGGAGGUAAUAUCCAAUAGUUGUCAAGGAAGAUGUACAUGCCAUGUAUCAAAAGGAGAGCAUGGUAGUGAUUUGGAAUGGGUGAGGGUUGUAAUGACAGCAGAUCCUGGGGUUAACAUGGAUGACAUAAUGGAUCAAGGACCACCUCGCAGGAAGGAGCACCGCCGUGUUCCAAGUACGGUAGCUAUUGAGGAAGUAAAGGCUGCAACAUUAAAGGGAGAAGCACCAGCUGGCCUCCCUCUGAAAGGGCCUGGUCAGGAUUCAUCAGACGCACAACCAAAGGUUACGAAUGGUGGUGUCCCCAAAGCUGCUGAUGCAUUAUCUGGUGAACUUUGGGAGGUAAAGAAAGAGAGAAUACGGAAAGCUUCGGUUCAUGGAAAAUUACCUGGUUGGGACUUGCGCUCCGUUAUUGUGAAGAGUGGUGAUGAUUGUAGGCAGGAGCAUCUUGCUGUGCAACUUAUUUCUCACUUUUAUGAUAUAUUCCAGGAAGCUGGUCUCCCUCUCUGGUUGCGCCCUAAUGAAGUACUAGUUACUUCUUCUUACACAGCACUCAUUGAAACGAUUACUGAUACGGCUUCACUUCACUCUAUCAAAAGUAGAUUUCCCAACAUCACAAGUUUACGCGACUUUUUUGUUGCCAAAUAUCUGGAAAAUUCUCCUAGUUUUAAGCUUGCCCAGAGGAACUUUGUUGAAAGUAUGGCUGGCUAUUCCCUAGUUUGCUACCUUCUCCAGGUGAAGGAUCGACAUAAUGGAAAUCUUUUGUUGGAUGAAGAAGGUCAUAUCAUACACAUUGAUUUUGGCUUCAUGCUCUCUAAUUCACCUGGCGGUGUCAAUUUUGAGAGUGCACCAUUUAAAUUAACAAGGGAACUUCUUGAGGUCAUGGAUUCUGAUGCUGAGGGCAUUCCAAGCGAGUUCUUUGACUAUUUUAAGGUUCUAUGCAUUCAAGGUUUCCUAACAUGUCGUAAGCAUGCAGAGCGCAUAAUUCUUCUUGUUGAGAUGUUGCAGGACUCUGGUUUCCCAUGUUUUAAAGGUGGGCCUCGGACGAUUCAGAACCUAAGGAAACGAUUUCAUCUAAGUCUAACGGAAGAGCAAUGUGUGUCCUUGGUGCUUUCUUUGAUCAGUAGCAGCUUAGAUGCAUGGCGGACACGACAAUAUGAUUAUUAUCAAAGGGUAUUGAAUGGGAUAUUGUGAGACUAGAUUGAUUUCCUCUGCAUGAUUGUUCACUUGGAAAAGCCUGUUACUGAAUCUCUUCAUUAAGAAUUGCAUCGGAGUGCUGUGUGAUAAAAAAGAGCAGUUUUUUUUAUUAAUGGAUGGGGCGUCACCAAUUUUGUCAGGGUUAAAAAGGACUACUGAUAGCAGUUUGGCCUGUCUUUUUAUUAGCGCGAGGAAUUUUUGUAAUUUUAACGGCAGAAAUAACUUGGUGUGGUCUACCAGGCAAAAACCAGUGCAGCAUAAGUUCUUUUUUCCUUUUUUUUUUUUCUUUUUUUCUUUUCCCUUACAUUUUCUUUGUUCUUCUCUUCUCCUUUCAAGAAAGAGGAAUGCUUAUGGAUGAAGGGGAAUUUCUCAUUUUUUAACUUGAAGGAAGAUAUGCUUGUUGCCCUUUCUCAUAUUUGGGUAGCACAUACUGUACAGUGUGAUUCCAAUGAGGAAAAGGAUUAGAUAUGCAAGAAGGCUUUUGGAUGUUAUGAUUAAUGGCAUUUGUUACAGUCGGUCAGUUGUUUGAAGCAGCAAAAUACGGGUCAGUUAGUAUAUCCACCUCCGACAGGCACGCACAUGUUGGGGCUUAAUUCAUCAAUACUUCCAUUGGAGUUUGCAAAGUGGUUAUAAACAACAAUUGAUUGUAUGUGUAUAACAUAUUUUCAUUGAUCACAGUUCAUUUUACGGUGCAAUUUUUUCUUUUGGUGCUUGCGUUAGUGUGGACGUUUGGUGGUAUUGAUUUUGUGAUAUAAUACCCAUUUUGUAUCAUAUAUAUCCUGGUGUGGAAGUUAUUAUGCCCACUUGGGGUGUGCAUAAUAUAUACCUAGCUAGAGUGCCUAUGGUCUUCUUUCUCAUUCUUUGAGCUUUAAAUUUGAUGCUACAAUGUUCAAUUAUAUACUUGAUAGCCUUCGUAAUUUAUAGAUU